AUGGCCGACUUUGCAAAAUCGAUAUUUGGGUUUGGCAAUUCUCAUAAACGGGAAAAUAAUAACUCAUCGCCUACGCCGCAGCCGAGCUCAUCUUCAAACACAAGUCAAUCCAUGCAUCAUUUUGACGAACGCCGAGAAUUACCGAACCACGAAGCACAUGACCAUUUAUCUUCAUCGCAACAUUCUUCCUUUCACCAGAGCAAUCUGAAUCUGAACCUGAACCUGAACCUGAACCUGAAUCUGAAACAUUUACCUCAUCACCACCAGUACGAUGAGUCUAGUGGAGUUAAUAAGUUCAUGCCCAAGGGGCUAGUCAAUGUCACCCCAACAACAGCAGUGUCAAAUGACUCUUCGGUUUAUGGAACUACAACAACAAAUAUAAAUAACGAAUCUGGAGCCUUUUUGAACCAAACUUUCAAAGGCAAUGAUUUUCAUCAACAAAAUCAGCUCAAGUUUUUCCAAAAAUCUCCAAUUGCCUUGCACAACAACACCACCAGCAACAUUACCACCACCACCACCGCCAACAAUAACAACAACAACUACGAUGAUGAUCAGAACAACGAAGGUCAACAAGAUCCAAUGAUUAUUACAACAGAUGAAACAGGACAAACAAUCAACCCAGGAGCAAAAAAUACCCAACCAAAGGGGAAAUUGAAAGUGACAAUUAUCGAGGCAAAAGACAUUCAAGCUAUUCAACCAUAUGUCGUAUGCACGUUUGAAAGCUCAGAAUUUGUGACCAAUGCGCCCGACUCCUAUGGUAAAUCGCCCAUGGGCGCAGGAGGAUCCAGCGGACCCAAAAAUAUGUACAACGCCAACCAUGGGCCAAGAGCGUUACCUGUGAAGAAUCAAAAACCAUCAUUGUAUCAACGGCAGUUAUCCACACAACAUUUGAACUUGGUAGGAGAGCUGUCACAUCCGAUAUGGAACCAUGAAACCAUUUUUGAUGUGGUUGGAUCAAAAUCGGAAUUAGACAUUUCCGUAUACGAUACUGCCAGCGAUGACGCGUUUGUUGGUCACGUAAGGAUUUUUCCCUCAACUACAAAAAACAAGAAGGGUCCAGAGGAAUGGUUACAACUUGGAUCAAGAAUAGUUGGCGAAAAAGCAACUCAUGGAUCUAUCAAAAUCAAGUGGGAAUAUUCAUCAUCGGAUAACAAAAAGGCAUACGGCCCAGAUGACUUUGAGUUUCUUAGGCUUUUGGGAAAAGGAACAUUUGGACAGGUAUUCCAAGUUAAAAAGAAGGACACUUCUCGCAUUUAUGCGAUGAAGAUUUUGUCCAAAAAAGUCAUUGUGAAGAAAAAGGAAAUUGCUCAUACUAUUGGGGAGAGAAACAUAUUGGUGCGUACCUCGGCAGCAGCAUCACCGUUUAUUGUUGGUUUAAAAUUCUCUUUUCAAACACCAACUGAUUUGUUUUUAGUAACUGAUUACAUGUCUGGCGGUGAGCUAUUCUGGCACUUACAAAGAGACGGACGAUUUUCAGAAGAGCGCGCCAAAUUCUACAUAGCAGAGUUGGUUUUGGCGUUGGAGCAUUUGCAUGAUAACGACAUUGUCUAUCGUGAUUUGAAGCCAGAAAACAUAUUGCUCGACGCAAAUGGACACAUUGCGUUGUGUGACUUUGGUUUGUCCAAGGCCAACUUGAAUAAUGAUGGAACAACUAAUACAUUUUGUGGAACCACCGAGUACCUUGCGCCAGAAAUUUUAUUAGAUGAGUCAGGAUAUACAAAAAUGGUAGACUUUUGGUCCCUUGGGGUUUUGAUUUUUGAGAUGUGCUGUGGAUGGUCACCGUUUUACGCAGACAAUACGCAACAAAUGUACAAGAAUAUAGCAUUUGGGAAAGUGCGUUUCCCAAAAGAAGUAUUGAGCCCAGAGGGAAGAUCAUUCGUAAAGGGGCUUCUCAAUAGAAACCCAAAGCAUAGAUUGGGAGCCACCAACGAUGCCAGGGAGUUAAUAGCACAUCCAUUUUUUGCCGACAUUGAUUGGACGUUGUUAAGGGCCAAGAGUCUUCCACCACCAUUUAAGCCGCAUAUUACAUCUGAGACCGAUACUUCCAAUUUUGAUCCAGAGUUUACAUCGGAGUCCACGUCUGCUUUAAAGAAGCAAAUGGAAAUGGCCUCGACUCCGUUGUCGCCUGGCAUACAAGCAAAUUUCAAAGGAUUCACCUAUGUUGAUGAUUCUGCAAUGGAUGACCAUUUCGGCAGAUCUUACCGUAUAAACACAUUUAAGAAUCCCGGGUCCUUCAUUCCCGGCGAUCCUAAUUUACCACCUGCUGAAGACGCAGUCGACGAUGACAACAUUGAAGAAGAGGAUGAGAUGGAGGUUGAUGAAGAUCAACAAAUGGACUAUGAAUUUGUCAAUGGUAGAUUUGAUUUAUAG